AUGUCGUAUCAAACGUUUGACGCAACGCCAGGCGCUUUAAAUGAAAGUGCUUUGGAGAAUUCCGAUGAAGGGAACAAUCCACUGUUUCCAUUCGGCAAACCGGUCAAAUGGUCAAAUACUCGAACGCAAAUGGUGUUCAUCCGUAAAACGUAUACUCUCUUCACGUUUCAACUCUUGACCGUAUCUAUCGCCAGUCUGUUAUUUCUUCGUAUAGAAGAUUGGCGGCUAUUUGUUGUUCGGCACUUGUGGUUAUGGGGAAUAUCACUGUUAUCCACCUUUUUACUGCUCGUCGGCCUAACAUACAAAUCGAAUGAUGAGUUUCAACCGCCGAUAUUUCUUGUCUUGGUUUAUACUUUUGUUGAUGCCUAUACGAUUGCUGGUUUCAUCGCAGUGUUCAAGAUCGAACCGUUGCUUGAUGCUUUAAUCCUGACUACUGUUGGUGGGAUCGCAAUUUGGAUUUUUACACUCCAAAUUAAAUUGAAAUAUAGGACUAGAAACUCUAUCAAAUUUGCGAUUUCCAUGAUUAUCGUCGCCGGAGUCAUCAUGCACCCACUAUUGUUCCCCCUGCUUGAUGGACUGAUUGCGGUACCGAUUGCAAUUUCCCUUACUGUUUUCUUCAUCUUGGAUUCUUGGUAUUUGAUGCAAACACUGAGCGCGACUGAGUGCUGGGCAGCAGCGAUGCAACUACAUUUGGAUCUUGUUGUACCUCUGAAAAGCCUACAUCAUAUGUGUGAAAUAAGCGCUACUGAUUGA